AUGUCGCAGCCCACAAACCUGAAGCGGAAGCGUCCCACAAAGCCGCGCGACGUCUGGCUGAACGUCUCCGCCGUCGAAGCGAGCGGCCAGCACAAAGGCCUCUCCGCCCGCCAAGCCGCCGCCGCGGUCUACACCGAGCACCUCACCCUCACCGACGAGCAGAAGGCCUCCCUCGACCAGCUCUACGCCCCCGACGGCAAGCCCCCGCAGGACCGCGAGUUCGCGCUGGACAACGCCGCCGCGCAGACCGAGGCCGCCGCGUUCCUCGCCAGCCUCCGCCUCGACAUCGUCCCCGAGUCCCAUGGCCAGCUGGGCAGCCCCUGGAGCGUGAAGUGGGCCAGUCGGGACGGGCGCAGGCCUACGAAGUCGCAGAAGCAGACAAAGAGGGUCUUGUUCCAGUGCGACUGCGGCUACGAUCGCAAGGUCGUCGGUGUCAGGCGGCGACACACCACCUCCGAGACCUUUGACUUCACGGGCUGCCUCGCCCAUGCCGAGGUCACCUAUGCUACCGUGAGCGGUGCCGUCCUUCGCGUCCGUGGCAUCUUCGAGCACAACGACGCAUGCAAAACGAUACAGGCAUCUGUGGUCCACCAGCAUGACUGGCGGCCAUCGACUCCGCUGGCGACAUCGUCGACAACCUCUUUCUUCAGGCUUUCCCAGCCACUCCCGCAGGACGCUCCCUCGCCUGCCUACGAACACAGUGGGCAGGCUGCUUCUGCCGCCCCCAAUCCAGCUAUAUCCACCGCCAGCCUCGAUAACAGCUGUGAUAUCCUCGGUGAUGAGACCUGUGUAAUAUGCGGCACGGACAUUGUCGAAACGUGGUGUGUCAUCUCGCCGUCCGAGCGGAAGACGUGGGAUGAUCUACGGGAACGUGGCAAUGUACCAGCCAACUCCACAUCCGCAGCCCACGAACGUCGGAACACCAUAACGCUCUGCCCGAACCACCACAAGCGACUCGCCACCUACCAAGCAUUCAUCCGCUUUUGCCCCGAGCUGAACAAAUACGUGUUCGUGAACCACAGCGGCGCCCCGGCCGAGGCACCCUUCCACGGCAAGGCCGUCGCACUCGAGAGCCACCACGCUAACGCGCCCUUUCCCUCCCUCUUCCUCGUCCAUGAGUACCGCGUCCGGGGAUUCUUCCCCUUUCGUGAGCCCGCGCUCGACGUCGCUCUGCCAGUACCCUGGCAGGAUUGGCUCCUCGCUCGCGGCGUCAUCGACGCGAAAGGGGACAUCAGACGCGAGCGCCCUGCGGGGACGAAUAUGCCCACGCAGAGUGGGGCUUCGACACCGCUGCCUGCGUGCUCUUGGCUUGAUCUAGCCCCCGGGUGUUCGCCUCCGGGCCUCUAUACCAUUGCACCUCCGACGUCGGAUGUUGCAGCGCGCAUCGUGGCUGCUACGCACAAUCUGCCGACCUGGACCGCGUGCGAACUCGAGGGACGGGACUCGGAAGGGCUUGCAACGAGGUUUACAGGACACCAACAGACUAUCACGAACGAUGAGGCGCAGUGCCCGACGCCCGACAGUGUACUGUGA